CUGUGUCUGAGCUGUAAGCCGAAGGAGAGAGAGAGAAAGUCUCUGUUUCUGAAUUUCAUCAAUCUUAUCUCGGAAAAUUGAGUUGUAUUUGAGGGUGGUGGAGUUGAGGAAGAUCUGAGAUGGCAACUUUUGCAGGGACUACCCAGAAGUGUAAGGCCUGUGAGAAGACUGUGUACUUGGUGGAUGAGCUCACUGCUGAUAACAAGGUCUACCACAAGGCCUGCUUCAGAUGCCACCACUGCAAGGGCACUCUCAAGCUGAGUAACUAUUCCUCCUUUGAGGGUGUGUUGUAUUGUAAACCUCACUUUGAUCAAUUGUUUAAGAUGACUGGCAGCUUGGAUAAGAGUUUUGAAGGAGCUCCCAAGACCGUCAGAUCUGUUGAUCAGGGCCAAACAAAUAGCAAAGUUUCAAGUAUGUUUGCUGGAACUCAAGAGAAAUGUGUUGCCUGCAAAAAAACUGUUUACCCCAUUGAAAAGGUGGGGGUGGAUGGCACGUCUUACCAUAAGGCUUGCUUCAGGUGCACCCAUGGAGGCUGUACAAUCAGCCCAUCAAACUACAUAGCCCAUGAGCAUCGGCUCUACUGUAGGCACCACCAUUCCCAACUCUUCAAGGAGAAGGGGAACUUCAGCCAACUGGACAAGCAGGAGCAAGUUAAAGGGGGUGACUGAAAUUCUGAGAACGUAGCAGCAAAGCGACACUGUUAAAGUUUUCAUGUUAGUGUGAUACUGUAACAUCACAUCCAAAGGGGUUUUCUAAGAACCGGAUGCAACUGUUAAAGUAUAGUAGAAGAGAUAAUGGGAUUGCCUUCUUUUUCUACAUAGAUAUAUAUAUGUGUUAUUUCUUGAAGAAUAUUCACUAUUGAAGUCUCAGUUUUUCACAUUUUGAGUGUGAGGUUUUGAAUGAAUAAUAAUUAGAGAGGUGGGGUUAUCUCCUUUCAAUAAA